UUUGCUGUUCCAUUACAAACACCUCCACACUCACUCAGCUCCACCGGCCGGCCGCCUGAGCGAGACUGUGGCACGGUCGUGCAGGGGAUCCAAUCGAAUCGAUCGAUGGAGGCGGAGGCGGCGGCGGUGGCAAUGAACGGCGGUGGCGGCGGGGACGAGCAGUCCCGGUUCCGGCGGGUGUGCGUGUUCUGCGGGAGCAGCUCCGGCAAGCGGAGCAGCUACCGCGACGCCGCCGUCGAGCUCGGCAGGGAGCUGGUGGCGAGGAAGGUGGAUUUGGUGUACGGAGGAGGCAGCCUGGGGCUCAUGGGGAAGGUCGCCGAGGCCGUGCACAACGGCGGCGGCCACGUCAUUGGCAUCAUCCCGACCACUCUCAUGGGCAAGGAGAUAACGGGGGAGACGGUGGGGGAGGUGCGGGCGGUGGCGAGCAUGCACGAGAGGAAGGCGGAGAUGGCGCGGCGGUCGGACGCGUUCGUGGCGCUCCCCGGCGGGUACGGGACGCUGGACGAGCUGCUGGAGGUGAUCGCGUGGGCGCAGCUGGGCAUCCACGCCAAGCCCGUCGGCCUCCUCAACGUCGACGGCUACUACGACUUCCUCCUCGCCUUCAUCGACAAGGCCGUCGACGACGGCUUCAUCCGCCCCGCCCAGCGCCACCUCUUCGUCUCCGCCCCCGACGCCCCCUCCCUCGUCCGCAAGCUCGAGGAGUACGUGCCGGUGGAGGAGGACGACGCGGAGACGCCCAAGCUGCGGUGGGAGAUGGAGCAGGUCGUCGUCGGCUACAGCUCCUCGCUCCACGUGGCGCCCCAGAUCGCCCUCUAGCUUAGCUAGCUAUAAACCAGCCGGAUCGAUCGUCUGCUUGCUUGAAUUGAUUGAUCGACGGACUGCAGAUUUAUACGAGCAGUUCAUCAUCGCCGUCGUGCUCGAUCGAUCGAUCGUUGGAUUGUACGUCCUUCCUGCAGCGUGUACCUCUUUAAGUAGCUGCCCUAACUAGUGUGUAUUGUGUACGUGUAUGCUCAUUGCUCCGGUUAUUAUUAUUAGCUGGUGUAGCAAGCUGCAUGUACUAUAUGAAUAUAUGAUGUGUACUCCAGUACAUAUAUGUAUGUCGUCCGUGUCAACUUUCAUGUGUAUUGUACUAUCUGAUCCAUCGCUGAUGUAGAACCAUCACUAGGUAGCACCAUAUACUGCGUAAUUAAUUUUUUUUAAAGAAAGA